GGCACCGGACCCGCCCGGCCCGGCCUUUUGUUCGCCUUUUUGGGGCCGCGCGAUCCCGUGCGCUCCUCAGGAAGAGAAGGCGGCGGCCUGGGUGCGCGUCGGGCCCGGCGGGGCCGCGGAGAGGCUCCCGGGGAGGAGGAGCGCCCGACCGUCUUGCCGCGGGGACCCGGAGCCGGGCGGGCAUUCUUUUCCGAGCUUCUCCGCGGGAGGUUUUCACCUCAAGGGCGCUGUGACUGGUGUCAGGUCUCCGCUUCUCAGGGCCGGCAGGAGAAUUCGGACCCGGGACGCCGGGAUCCCGAAGCCGGCCCGCCCCGGCCCCCUGUCUCGAGCACGCACCCGGGGCCGCCUUGGGAACUCCGGCCCGACUUGGCCCCCUUUUGCCCGGUACCCAGUCCGGCAGUUCCCAAAAUAAGCCAGCUCCUCCUGACUGGGUAGCUCGGGCCUUCCGUGCGGCGUCAGGGAAUUGGUUUGGACCGGUGCUGGUUUUAGGAGAGUCAGACUGAAGUUGCCGCGUCUGGCGAGGCGCGCCGCCCGGUCCCAUGGAGCUGGAGGGGCAGUGGUGGCGGGGACAGCUGGCUGCCGAUAUUCAUCAGGCGCUUCGGUACAAGGAGCUGAAGUUGCCCUCCUACAAAGGCCAGUCCCCUCAACUAAGUCUCAGAAGGUAUUUUGCUGACUUGAUUGCCAUUGUGAGCAAUCGCUUCACCCUUUGCCCUUCUGCCCGACAUCUUGCUGUCUAUUUGCUGGACCUGUUUAUGGAUCGGUAUGACAUCUCUAUCCAGCAGCUGCAUUUAGUUGCACUUUCCUGUCUGCUUCUAGCAAGUAAAUUUGAAGAAAAAGAAGAUAGUGUGCCUAAGCUGGAGCAGCUCAACAGCCUGGGUUGUAUGACUAAUAUGAAUCUAGUAUUAACAAAACAAAAUUUGCUACAUAUGGAACUAUUAUUAUUAGAAACCUUUCAGUGGAACCUCUGCCUUCCAACAGCCGCCCAUUUCAUUGAGUAUUAUCUCUCCGAAGCAGUACACGAAACAGAUCUUCAUGAUGGCUGGCCGAUGAUUUGCUUGGAAAAAACUAAACUCUACAUGGCUAAGUAUGCAGAUUACUUCCUGGAAGUAUCUUUGCAAGAUUAUGCCUUUCUAAAUUAUGCACCUUCUUUAGUAGCUGCUGCAUGUGUGGCUUCUUCAAGGAUUAUACUUCGUCUUUCUCCAACGUGGCCUACAAGACUGCAUCGUCUUACUGCUUACUCCUGGGAUUUCUUAGUGCAGUGCAUUGAACGGCUCUUGAUCGCUCAUGAUAAUGAUGUGAAAGAAGCAAACAAACAGAGAGGACAGGCAGGACCUCAGCCAGCACAGCUAAGUGUGUUCCAGACAGCCUCCCAGCCCUCACGGCCAGUUCACUUUCAGCAACCUCAGUAUCUCCAUCAGACGCAUCAGACCUCACUGCAGUAUCGCCAUCCUGUAUCGGAACAACCAAGCUGUCAGCAGAUUGUAUCUACCACACACACCUCAUCUUACACACUACAGACAUGUCCUGCUGGCUUCCAAACUAGUGUUCAGGGCCUUGGGCACGUGCAGACUGGUGUUGGGAUGUCACUGGCAAUACCAGUAGAAGUUAAGCCCUGUCUGAAUGUUUCUUAUAACCGGAGUUAUCAGAUAAAUGAACAUUACCCAUGUGUUACUCCAUGCUUUGAAAGGUGAUUUUAUGCGAAGUUAAUACCUGACCCAGACUAUUUGUGACUUGAAGCUCUGGGAUGAACUUUUUGUAAACUUCUCUUCAAAAGGAAAGGGAUUCAAGUUACAUCAGCACUCGUCAGAUACCAGCACCGGGAAGAUGGAAUGUCCCUUUCAGUGCACCAUGAAUACCUGGGAGGGCUAAGCAAACACUUUCUAACAGUGUGUAUGUCAAAUCCUGUUAAAACAAAUCUCUAUUAUGACAAAAAUAUUCAAGCCCCAGCUGAUGGUCCACAUAUUUCAAAACUAUUCAAUACUACAGAAAAUUUGGACAGACUCCAAUUCGCUAUUUUGAGAUUUGACCUGCGGUGGGCUCUGCCUAAUGUUGGCUUAUAUGUCAGAGACUAAUGUUUAUCUGUGGACUUGCCAAACAGUCUUUUUAUGAAGGAAAAUUACAGUAUUAAUUUUUGAAGAGGUGUUUUUUUUUCUGCAGUUUUGAGUUAUAUUUUUGAUCUACAAAUGAAUUUUUGACUAAAUUUAAUCUCAUGAAUUGCUAUGCUAUACCAAUCUGUGCAGUAAAAAAAAAAUUUUUUAGAUGAUUCUAUAUAACUUUCUAUCACAGAUAGUAUAGGCAUCUGGAUUUAUGUGCUAAAAUUAGGGUGGAGUAGAUCUCUUAUUUAAAAUCAUGGUCAUAAAUUUUUGUUGUUUUUUUCCCCUAAGUGAUCAACCUCAAAUCUUUAGAAUUAAAACACAAUUAACUCAGGGAAUUUGUACUACUUGGAAACACUUAACUGUAAUGCAACAUGCUUUGGGAAUGUUAUAGUAUGAACUACCUUUAUAACAUAGGUUAAAAUACUCCUGCUAGGAUGUGUUUUCAAAUCAGAACAUAAUCGUAGUUUAGAAUGAAUGAAGCGGUGGUUCCUAUCAUUCAUAAUACAUAUAUAGGUUUUGCAUUUCUCAGUGCAAUCAAUGAUUUAUACUCAGAUUUGAUAUUAGUCUAAAAAAUUUUUUCAAGGGAAGGCAUAACUGUAAAAUGUUAGUACCAGAAUAAAGUCCCAUAGGUUUAUUUUGAAGUGUAAUGUGGCCAGGGUAGUUCUCAGGUUGUGCUAGAGCAGCACUUUGUUAUAUGGAAGAAAGGUUUUAUAAGCAACCUUUGAAUCCAGCUAGUCAGUGUAAGCAGGCAGAAGUACCGAUUACUAAAUUUCAAUAGCCACUUUCAUUCGAUUGGCCCCAGAACUGCCCUGGGACAUUUCACUGUACUGGUAAUGAGUGAAAACAGCAAUACCAAGUUGUUACAGCAAGGGCAAUUUGGGAGAUAAAGAGUUUGGAGGGAAAAUCACUGUAAUAACUGAAACUGUAUACAGUGCUCUUAUCUGUGGGAGAAGAGAGAUUUGGUGGAGGGAAGCUUUCUGAUUUAACAGUAAGGUGUGUCUUUUUGUUUGUGUUUUUUUAAAGAUAGCACUUGAAUAGAAGGGAAACUGCAUGGCAGGUAUGUGACUGCCACAAUAUGCAUUGAAGACAAAUUUAUUAUUAUAAAGAUGUUGUGGGUAUGCAGCAGGAGUCUCAGUAAUCAAGCCAAUGGCUUUUGUUAGGAAGGGAAGGGGCUCAACAUGGUAAUGGACCGAUCCAGAUGGCUCCAGUGGAUGAAUGUGGGUGGGUGCUUCUGCCAGCAAGAAUUCUUAGAGAAGGUCCUUUCCUUAAAAGAAAGAUAACUUUUAUAAUUAGAGUACAUAGGGCGUGAUGUAGAUUUAUUUAGUCUGGUAGAUAAAACCACUCAGGCGAGAACACUCACUCAUGGCAGUUUUCAAGCAUGAAAAUUGUUUUCCGAAAGUAUCAUCACUUUUCCUCUUUCAAGAAGGCUGCUAAUUGGAUUUUGGUAGUUCUUACCUCGAGCAAACUUGAAUUAUAUGGGGGAGAGUGGGUUCAAAAGAUAAUUUAUCUUUCACAUUCACAUUCAGAACCCAGCAACCUGGAGUCCGAUUUUCAGUAUUUUAACUACCUCAAGAAUACUAUGAAUGUAAGAUACUGGGAUAGAGAUCCCAACUUGAAACAACAACCGGUGCCUAUGGUAAUUUAAUGUCUUGUCAGUUGCUUUUAUUGAUUGGUUUAAAUGUCAUUCUUGUUAUAGAAGAAUAUGCCUUUUAGAAAAAGCUUAUAAUAACACUUUCCCAGUUUAUAUUUAAAAACUAAAGAACACUGGAUUAAUUUUGGGGGGGUAAAAUAAAAUAAUUAAUUGGUUACUAUUGCUGCAUACCCAGGGUG